GAAUAACAACGAUUCUAUAAUGCUGUGUUGUAUAUCAAGACAAAGUAGAACAAUUUUUUGAAAAUUCUGUCGGCUGCUACCUCAAAUAUACUUUGCAGGGCAUCCGCCUGACGAGUGUUUAUUCGACGUUGUGCUAUCAAACGCUCCGAUGUAGUAGCGCCUCGGAGUGUCGCAGUACCUCGUCCACAACCCAUUCGGUCUACUACUACGCACCUACGCUCCGGACACUGAAGCUUUCGGAACCCUCAACUGGACAUAUAUUGCACCAGCACUGCAUAAUUUCUUUGUCGUCAAUGCAGUGUACCGCCUCAUGAUGCUGAAUACAUCAUCCAGUGAAGAGGAAAACCCGCAGUUUUCUGCGAAGUACUCUGGCAGUUCCACAGAUGCACACUCACGCUGGCAAAAUCAUGAAUUCAAAAACAUGCGAACUUUGGACUUGAGAUCCAGGCGUUCCGAAUAUGAUGCAGACCAGAAGCUUAGAUCGGAACCUGAUUCAGCCAAGUUUGCACGAAUUCCUCUUGGUGGCGCAUCAAGUUCAAGCUGUGGUUGGCAACCGCUGAAAGUGGAGUCUGGCGGUAGGUCAGAACUCCUACCUAAUGAACCACAACGGGCACCUCGGUUGUACACAAUCGCUGGAGCACGCACAAGCGUAGCUGAGCAGGGUUACCCGCAUGAGGUUCCUUCGGGUAUGGAAGAUGUUACAGCUAAGAAUUACCAGUUCAACCAGUUUAGUUCGAGCUUCGAAGGCAACUCUGAGUCUGGUCCGAUCGGUACUCGUCUUAGUCCAAUUGGGAGCAGCUGUUGGUCGUCUGAGCAACAUAUUUCACCCGAUCUGGCAUCCCUUGUCAGUGGCAGUACGAACUCAUUCUCAGCCGGACGAUCCACGAGUUCUGGAAAACAGCCCUACGUCACCAGCUCCCUUACCCAACACCUGCAGCGUCAGCAUUCAGGUGUUUAUUCCGGGGUAAUUUUGUCACACGAACCAUAUAGCAUCCAAUCUGCAUCUCAAUCUGUUCGGUCUGCCCCACUGUGCAUUACCGCCAAUCAGACCCAUCCCAUAUGUGCCAGACAACUCACAAUCGAUGUGUCGGACUCCAUCAACGAUAACCCCACUCCGCCCUCUUUGCUGGUUAGUGAUCCGGAGGAGGAGGCGCACAAACGAAUACUACAACUCUAUGUGUUUGCCUCCAGAUGCAUCGCCUACCCCGUCUUGAACCCUGUUUAUCCGGGGCCAAGCAGACGCUAUCUGAAGGUGACGAAAGACUAUUUACUCACUUUGAAGGAACGUAUUCAGCUAUUUUUAAAGGGUGAAUACCCAAUAAACUGUGACGAAGCCUUUCAGAGCGCAGUUGGUGAUUUCUUUGAGGUGGUGCUUGAGAGUGACCGAAUCGCUAGCAUGGUGAAAUCCGGAGCAUGCUCCAUGUACGACAUACGCGAAAUAUUCAUUGCCUUCAUUGAAAAACGAUUUCAGAAUGAACAUGUCAAUGAAGGUCUCUCAAAAGAAAAUGUGAUAGGCUCUUGGAAGGUUAAGUUUGAUCAGAUUUGCCGUGGAGGCGAACGCCCGUGCCCCGUGGCCAUGAAGCUUGCUGUACCCCAACCAGAAAUCGUCGCCCCUACCAAGGAGCAGCAGUAUGACUUACUGAUGCGCACUUUGUCGGUUGAGAAGUACGAACACCAAGUGCUUUACAAUGCUUGUCAGAUUCUCAUACAUCAGUUACGAAACGUCUUACAGAUGUCUGCUUCGAAGAAGUUAUACUUCACAAUCGAAUUAGAAGGCUCCAGUGAGAAGAAACGCACGGAUAGUGUUGAGGCAGCGAAGCCACUAUGGAAUACGACAGCGGAAUUUCAAACGCAUCAACCACUACCUGUCAUCCGUCUUCGGCUUUACAAGGAAUGCUCUGGUGCCUUGGCUUUGGAGGAUAAAGAACUGGGCAGACUGACACUCCAUCCAUCCUGGCUCACUACGCGUGCCCCCACAUGGUUCCGAUUGCAAGCCAACAAGCAUUGCCACGAUACACUGGAGGUGCAACUCACUGUCAGCAUGCAGCGACCGGCCAAUUGUAGAUAUGCUAAUUAUUGCUGGAUACAGGGGCGAACCGCGUUCAAAAAGUGGAAGAGAAGAUAUCUUUGCCUCAUACAAGUUUCUCAAUACACUUUCGUUAUCGCGGCAUACGCGGAGCAAAAGUCUCAUCCUUCUGAGUUUAUGGCGCUCGAUGGCUUCACUGUGGACUACUGCGAGAACCGCCCAGAUCUGGUUUUCGCCUCAUCCUCCGUCCGUAGCAAACCUGAGCACCACAUGUCUGCCACAUCACUCACAUCGCUGUCAAAAUUGCGGUUUGGUGGAUUCGGCAGGCUUGUGCAUCAGCAUCGUGCCGAAAGUGCGGCCACCAUGUGCGGCCCUGAGCCUGAACUCAAGGCUACCUACUUUCUCAAACUUGUUCGUGAGGGCGACACUGUGAUUAUGGCCACUUCCACCGAUGCGGAUCGGCAAAGCUGGAUACAGACAAUAUACCGGGCAACUGGACAGACUCACAAACCUGCCAUUCCCAAUCAUUUGACUAUUGGAACCCCGACCAGGUUGUUCACCGGAGAAUCCGAGGCAGGACAUGCGACCGGAAUUGAGGAGCUGGCUUCAAAACCGCCUCAUGCGUUCUGUCACGUGGAGCUAUUUACAGAACUACAGGCACGAAGUCUGAGCUAUCGCCUGCAAGACUCCUUUGUAUCACUAGGCUGGCUUAGCCCAGGACAGAAAAUUCUGCUUGAAGAAUAUUGUUCCCGGUAUGGCAUCCGUGAGUGCCAGCGUCACCUCGCCUACUUGACCAGUUUAUUGGACAAAGCAGAACACGGAAUGAAGGUGGAUCCUGAUCUGCUGCAUAUAAGCUAUUCGAUUUGCGCUAACCAUGUCACUGGCAAGACGUAA